AUGAGCCCAAGCUCAGCUGACUCUGCCCCCGACGCCGACUUUGCCUUCAACAUGGACGCUGCCACCGCCACCAACGCUCGCAUCAACAAGAUUGAUGGUACGAACUUCCACACUUGGAAGUUCAAAAUGCAGAUGGUGCUGGAGGAGCGGGACCUUUGGGAAGUGACAAGCGGGGAGAUCAAGCUGGAACACCUUGCCAUUACGCUGGAGCAGUCAACGUUCAAGCGCAAGUCACGGAAGGCGCUCGCGAUAAUCUGUCUUGCGAUGGAGGACUCGCAGCUGCCCCUGGUUCGGUCGGCAAGUGGAACGUACGAUGCAUGGUCGCGGCUGGAAGGCCACUUUGAGAAGAAGAGCUAA